AUGUCUUCUCUAACGCAUACGCCAAAUGGCAAAUCUACAAUUGACGCCAAGGCGCUGUUGGGUGCAUACCUCAAACAAUUACAGUCAAAGCCACUGAGGACAAAGAUGCUUACUCAGGGCUCGUUGUCAGCCUUGACGGAGAUUGUAGCAUCGUGGUUUGCCUAUGGGCUCCCAGGCCAUGGCCCAACAAUUACUGCCCGUGUCCCCCAAAUGGCGUUUUAUGGUGCGUGUAUCGCAGCACCGCUGACCCACUUCCUCAACACGACUCUGCAACGAAGUCUCCCAGGACGAGUAGUCUUGCAAAACCUCAUCACUAUGCUCUUGUUCUUCCCCAUUCAAAAUACUGUUUAUCUUGCAUCAAUGGCCGUCAUUGCUGGCGCGCGUACAACUGAACAGGCUCGAGCUGCAGUUCGCGCCGGUUUGGUACCCAUGACAAAAGCUAUGUGCGCUAUGCACCCGGUCUUGAUUACCAUUGCAACCUUGUUUGUACCAAAGGAGGCUUGGGCUCCUUUCUUCAGCUUGGUUGGGUUCUGUCUUGGAACUUUCUUCAACACCAUGGCGAAGAAGAGGAGAGUUGCUGCCGCCGCCGCCGCUUCCAAGAAGGAAUCCUAA